CUGGCCAAGGAGGCGGAGUACAAGCAACUGAAUGCAGAAUUAGAAGCAAAAACAGAAAAACUGGUGCGUCAGGCUGAAGAAGUAAUGAGAUCCACUCUGUCCUGAAGUUUCAUCUCUUACACACUCACAUGCCAAGCUAGCAAACAAGAAGAAAUGUGCUUCCGUGCCCAUGGCUCAGAACAGACCGUGCUCUGGAAGUAAGGGAAAAAGAACAACUUCAAGUUCAAGAAUAAGAAACCUGGAAGUACAAAGUGCCGAUGAUGUUGCAGUACUGGAGGACUGCAUAGAUUUUUCUUUAGCAAAAACAGUAAGCAAAAUUGAAGAAAAACUAGACAAGGGAGACUUACCAGAUUGUCUAGAUGAUGAUAUUAUUCCAAAUGUUGAAAAUGAAGUUGGAGCAGAAGCUCAAAUUAGAUUUCUUAAGGCACAGUUACGUGUUACACAGGAAGAGCUGGAUGGUGUAGUGUGUGAAUGCAGGAAAAAGGAUGAUGAAAAUCAGAAUUUAAAGUCUCGGCUUAAAGAUACUGAAGAAGAAAACACCAGACUGCAACGAACAAUCAGUAUGCAACAUUCUCAGACUGAAAGAUACAAAAUGUUGUCUCAAGAAGCAAACAAAAAAAGUGAAGGGUUACAACAGGAGGUGAUUGUGCUACAAAAGGAAUUGGAGAAUCUAAAGCGUGUACAAAAGCAGGCUGCAGCCAGCCAGAGUGCAACAGAGGUUCGCUUAAACAGGGCCCUGGAAGAAGCAGAAAGGUAUAAAGUGGAGCUGAACAGACUGAGGCAAAGUAACAAGGAUGUAGCUAACCAAGAACUCAAAACAAUUGAAGAACUGAAAACAGAAAACAAGAAACUGCAGAAACAAAAGGGAGAGCUAAUCACAGGUUUUAAAAAGCAGUUGAAGUUAAUUGAUAUUUUGAAGAGACAAAAGAUGCACAUUGAAGCUGCUAGGAUGCUUUCUUUUACUGAAGAGGAAUUAAUGAAAGCUCUUGACUGGGGAAAUUAUUAACUCCCACAGCUUCUGUUUGGAAUACACAGCAGCUGGUACAUUACUUUGGCACUGUAUAUGAACACUUUUUAAUAGUUAUUAACUGUACAUGCCAGUGAAUUGAUUUUGUUUAUUGUGCUUAUGCUUAAAUUGUUUAACUUCUAUAAGCCUGACCGCCUGUGUUGAAAUACCAAAUUCCUACUGAAAUUUCAGGCCAAACUGUCCAUUCUGUAAUGAGCAGAAAAGCACAGAUUGUGUAAGGAAUAUCCCAACAAGUGGACUUUGUUAUUGGUUUGCUCUAUUUUAGCAUUUAAAACUAGACCUUAUCUAAGGUAAUAUUCAGUCCAAAGAAGUCAGGGUUUAGUAAGAUAGAGACUAAUGGCUGGCAAAACCAUACCUGGGACUCACCCCUCACUAUCCAGAGAGACUCCAUAAUCUGAUACAGUUGUAUUGUGUAAAAUUAGUACUUUAGUCAAGGUGAAUAUAUUAAAUUGUUCCCCGGCCAUCAGCAGCUGCUUUGGGAUACAGUCAGGAGUGAUGGCUCCCUAUUCACAGGUGCUCUACAAGCAUUACAUCCUUUAAGAUUUCACCAUGUCAUCAUUAUAAUCAAGAACUAGAUAAAAGUUGGAGCACAGAUGAGCUGAGCAUAUCAUCUGUACGUUAAUGAACAGGAGCAAUAAAAGCCUGUGCUGCUUGCAUGAACCUCUGUCAAACCUCAGCUAUUUCAAUGGCUUCCUCCCUCAGAGUAACUGAAUAGGAACAUGGCACAUAAAACAUAAGUUUAUGCACUGAAAGAAAGGUAUAAAUGGUGAUUCUGACCUCAAAAUGGAGAAAUGUCUCACCUUAGAUCUUACCAGCAAAGUAACAUGAACUAACAGUGAAACAAGUACCUCAGACCUACCCCUCUGAGAUGAGACAAACUGCAUUUAAAUUCAUAUUUUAAUAGUGUGAUGCCUGUGCAGAUAAAUCUUUACAUUAGUACCAAAAAUAGUGCUUGAAG